UCCAUCUUCUAGGGCUUAAGCCUUGCCCUGUGCUUUCUUUCAACUGUAAUCAGUCAAUGGCUACUCUCAGAUGCCUGCUCUCCAAAACGACACCCAAAACCCUCACUCAAAUUCUUUCCUCAUGUCGUUUCUCUCACUCCUCUGUUCACCAUAGCACUAGUCCUCCAUAUUAUUCCCUGCUCAGAAGUCUCCAGUCCUUAUUUUCCAGGGAAUUCCAUUCUUAUUCCAAUUCCGAUUUUAGAAGCUUUUCGUCUGCAUCUGAUUAUGUAAUUCAGGACACUGAUUCUUCCGUUGCCACUGCAUUAAACCUCGAUAACCGGGUUCCGGCCACCGUCAUCACUGGCUUUCUUGGCUCCGGCAAGACUACUCUGUUAAAUCAUAUAUUGACAUCUAAUCAUGGUAAGAGAAUUGCUGUGAUAGAAAAUGAGUUUGGUGAGGUGGACAUUGAUGGUUCGUUAGUUGCUAGCCAUUCCUCCUCAAAUGAGGACAUUAUCAUGGUUAAUAAUGGUUGUCUAUGUUGUACUGUUAGAGGAGAUCUUGUUAAAAUGCUUCUGGAGUUGGUUAAGACGAAGCGAGACAAAUUUGAUCAUAUUGUUAUAGAAACAACAGGUCUUGCAAAACCUGGUCCUGUCAUUGAAACAUUUUGUACUGAUGAGUUGGUUUCACGUUAUGUGAAACUUGAUGGAGUAGUUACUUUAGUUGACUCCAAGCAUGUCAUUCAACAUCUGGAUGAGGUAAAACCAAGAUUCGUGGUUAAUGAAGCUGUGGAACAAGUUGCUUAUGCGGAUCGUAUUAUCUUGAAUAAGAUAGAUUUGGUAACGGGGGCUGACCUGGAGGUCUUGAUGAAAAGAAUUAAGCACAUCAACGGGAUGGCUCAAAUAAAGAAAGCUAAAUUUGGAUUGGUGGAUAUGGACUUUGUUUUAGGAGUAGGAGGCUAUGAUCUUGACAGGAUUGACUCAGAAGUUGAAUCAGGUGAGCAUCACAAGGGACAUGGACAUCAUCAUGACCAUGUACAUGAUUCUGCCGUCUCCAGUGUUAGUAUCGUUUCUGAGGGAACCUUAGACCUAGAUGAGGUUGAUGACUGGCUUGAAAGAUUACUUGAAGAAAAAGGAGAUGACCUGUACAGGAUGAAAGGAGUUCUUUCUGUGACCGGUUCGGAAGAGCGUUAUGUUUUCCAGGGAGUACAUUCUACAUUGGAUGGCUGCCCCGGAAAGACAUGGGGACCAGGUGAGAAAAGGGUUAACAAGCUUGUAUUUAUCGGAAGAAACUUGGAUGAAACUGCCCUAAGGAAAGGAUUCAAGGGCUGUUUAGUGUCAGAAUCUGAAUAGACUAGCAACGCAUUGGAUCUCUGGACAAUUCAUGGAAGAAGAAACAAAUGAGCCAAGGUUGGACAGGGGGACGUUGCACACAGGACCUUGCGUGUUCGCGUGCAAGACUUGAGCAGAAUAAGCUUUGCUACAGCCUAUAGUAAGGUCAUUUUAUAGGAUGCAUAAGCAUAUACUCGAUAGGCAAUUCACCUUCUAUUGACAUGUAGUGUGUGAUUAUUGUCCCUAGGGAAAAGGGUUUUAUCUAACUAUAGGCAUUUUUCUCUGUUUUGCCUACUUUUUUUUUUUCACUUCUUUAUUAAUUUGCAGUGAAGACCUUGUAUCAUUGUAAAGUAAGCGACAUAUUGAAGGCACAUUGUCGUAGCUGAUAGUGUAACUCUUCAAUUAGCAGGUACGAGGUUUAAAGGGGGAAUGAGUUUGAAUUCUGAUUAGAUGAUAAGUAUAGGAUUACCUACCUAAGAUUCUGAUUUGGUACAUGCUAACUACCUUCUCAACUACCAACAUUGGGCUUACUUGUUUGCCACCACUUAUUUGACUUUGCAACUUUUGCUUCCUUUUGAA